GUUGGUACUGUGAACGCCUAUUUCUGAAAUGUUUACCAGUUCUGAGCAUUACUAAAUAAAGACCUUUUUUUAAAAAAAAGGACUCCUAGACAUGUUGUUGUUGAUGAAGGUACCAGAAAACAGGGUGCUUCAAAGCUCUCCUUUGUUCAUUUGACUUUGUUCACAUGUUUGAUAGUUUUAUUUGAUGGAUUUAAUCAUACUUCUGUAGUCAAAGUGAUCUUUAAUGGAGUGUUCGAAAAGACCUUCAUUUUAUGAGAAAAUUAUGAUCCAUCAUUUUCUGUACUGCUUGUUGAUAUUAGGCAUAUGAGCUUUUAAAGGAAGGUGUAGAUCUUCAAGCUUUUUAUAGAUACUUUCAGUUUAUGUUCUUCACAUAAUUAUUAAGAGAAAGUAAUUGUUUUAUCUAUGAUAAUUGUUGAUGGUGCAAUUGAUUAUUGAAAAUGAUCACUCUGUUAUUGGGGUUUUUACUUUUAGGUAAGAAAGUUGAUGGAAAAUUUGUGAUGGAAAAAGGUCUUCACAUCCUUUCUUUGACUCAGUUAACGGUCCUCCGCCGGACUUGUUGACAGUAAUUUGGAAGCUCCUUACUGGAAACACUUCAUCGCUUGAAUUGUUCAAAUUACUUCUCUCUGCAAAAUUGUUGAAUAUGCUGUUCAUUUCAUGGCUGCUACAUGUGCUUUGAAUAUCAAUCAGACAUGUUCUAUUUAGGAAAGAAAAAAGAGAAGCUUGAACUGCUAAAAAAAGUAGGCAUGAAACGAAGGAGGAAUCAGAGGAAAAAGAGAGUAAACGAUGAUGGUGAAAAAGAAGAAGAAGAAGAAGAAGAAGAAGAAGAAGAAGACAAAGACAGAAUUAGCAGUUUACCAGAUUCCAUUCUUCACGAAAUCCUCUCUUCCAUGGACGACCUCGCCUCCGCAAUUCAGACCUGCGUGCUGUCAAAACGAUGGCGGUUUGUUUGGACUUCCCUCCCCAACCUCCGCUUCGAUUUCGAUCAACUAGAUGAGGUCAGUAUGUCUCGUUUCAAACGCUUUGUCAAUCAGGUAUUGUCUCUCCGAGAUAACAACUCCAAUGUCUACAUAUUCUACUUCUCGUCCGGUUAUCUUGUUGACCCAUGCCUGUUCAAGAAAUGCAUAUCUUACGCAGUUCGCCACAAUGUUCAACAACUCCAUCUCAACGCAUUUGGUUAUUCAGAGCUCGAUGAUUUUCCUCUCUGCUUCUUCAACUAUGCCUCUUUAAAAGAACUUAAAUUGGCCAAUUGUGGCAACAAUAGUAUGCUUCUGGACAAGCCCUUGCGAUUUCCGGCAUUAAAGACUUUGCAUCUUAAUCGUUUCGGACGUGACUCUGCCAAUUUCAUCACUCAGACUGUUGGGAAUUGUCCCAAUUUGGAAACUUUGAUUUUGGAUUGCUUAUACCUUAAUUGUUUUAAUAUCACUGCCCCUAAACUUAGGAAGUUGGAAUUAUGUUACGCUGAAGAUUCUCUUGGACUGUAUUAUGAAUCGGAGAUUGUGAUUUCAGCACCUAGACUGACUUCAUUCAAGUUCGAAGGUCAUGCUUCGCCUGUCUUUUCUCCGGCCAGCUUUCCCUGUUUGGACCAUGUAUAUGUCGAUGUAAUCCCAAUGUUUUAUAGGUUUCAGCUUGCUUCAAUCGUCAAGGAAAGGAUGCCACUCAAUGUGAUCAAUAUGCUUGGACAGCUUCGAGAAGCAAAAUCCGUUACACUGUCCUUGUCGACGCUUAAGGUUCUUGCAAUGGAUCCUGAUUCUCUCAGAAGUCAUCCUUCUCCAUUUCACAAGUUGAAGCAUCUACAGUUGACACAAGGAGGAUCAUCCUCGUCUUUAUCUCUACCGCUAAAUGUGAUUAACUACUUGAGCCAAGGUUUAUCAUGUGACGGAACCUUGGUUAUGAACUUCUUCCCUAGGUGUAAAUGGAAAGCAUUCACAAUGAAAAAUG